AAUCAAUGAUAUAAGAUUCAUUAUUUGCUGAAUCCUUUUGGAAUCCAAUUUCACUCUAUUCAUUUUAAAAUGAUGAUGAUUAUGAUGUAUAAAUUUAGAUUUCCUUUAAUUUAGGUAUUUUAACUAUACUAUGGAAACACCUCAGUAUUAAUAAGAGUCAUCUAAGGGUAAUUAUUAGCCAGUAGUAAAUAAAUCGAUUUAUUGCAAACAUACAUUACGUUAGAUGAGAAAGGAGUAACACUUUAAAAUCUCUUCGGAUAAAUUACAUACACAGGAACAUAAUUAUAGUAGUUUUAUGAACUCAUUAAUAAAUAUUGUAUGCAUUUAGAUAUUCACAAUUAUUAUGUCUUUGAGAAAUAAACUCAUAACUUACAUAAUUUUGAGGUAUAAUUAAAGGUAUAUAAUUAGAUUUUUCAAUCCAGAGAUAAAAUGACAGCCAUUUAAAAGUCAAUUAAAAAGUAUUCAAAAAAAUUAGGAAAAUUGUAUUUGAAGAAUAUUGUCAACAAUUCAAAUUAUGAAUAUUUAUUUGAAGAUGACGAAUAUUUGUAUUUGGUCAUACCAUAUUUAAAUGGACAAAAAAUUAACAAUUUAUUUUUUGAACAGUCCCUGUUUGGAUUACUUAAAUUAUUAUAUAAGUAUCACAACCAAGGAUUCAUUUUGACUAGUUUUUCUGUAAGUAUAUAUAUUUAUUUUAGGAAUCAAACACUAUAUUGUUGGAUGAAAAUUAUAAUAUGGAAAUACUGGAUAAUUCUUUAGUCAAGAGAAUUACUUAAGAUUAUCAAAAAGAUAUAUCACAAGAUGUUUUAAUCAUCAAAAAUUAUUUAAUAUAAAAGUAAUAUAACUAAUAUACUUCAGAUUUCCCAAUAAAGUUGAUACCAUCUAAGAAAUUUUAAAUAUAAAGAUAAACUCAGUCCAAGAAUUACUAUUUAACUCUAUUUUUAUUAGCUACUUUGGUGAGAGUAACUUUUAUGUGUUCUUAAAUGCUUAACCAUAUCAAAAGUUAAAUUUUCUCUCUUCUAAUACAUAAUUAAACUUACUUGAAACUUUUAAUACUAUUAGAUCAAGUGUAAUGGACUCAUCUGAUGAAUCAGAAGAUAACUAAUAAAUUAAUCAGUUUAAUUUUUUCCAAUCCUAAUUUCAAGAUUCCCCCAUGCUUUCCCCUAAACUCAAACCUAAACAUUAAUCAAGAUUAUCAAGUAGAUAAGUUGUACUAGAAACGCUAUUAAAUGAACAUAUAAUCACACCUGAAUAAUUCUAACAAUUUUAUAAAGAAGAAGAUUUUCAAAAUGAACAAGAAAUUAAUGAAUUUAGUGAAAUGCUCUCUAAAGAAAUUGAAAAUUCUUAAUUAACAACUCCUAUUUAGAGUGAUGUAAAACUACUUUAUUUAUUAUUAGUCCACUGCUACAUGUCCUAAUACCGUUAUUAUUCAUUCUAAAAAAAAUGUUGUUAAUCGUAUUUGUGAUAUUAUACAUGAAGCACAAUAGGAAUUUUUCUAAGCUACAAAAAAACCUUAUAAUGUUAAUUAAGUCUAAAACGUAAGGAAGAAUCUAUUCAAAAUGCAUUGACAUUCUUUAUAUACCUUAUACAUAAUUUUUUCGUGUAUAUUGAUUUAUCUAUAUAUGAAUUUAUAUUAAAAUUUUAG